CUGCGGCUGUUGUUGGCGUGGUGACGUCAGCCGCAAGGUGCGCUGGAUAACGUGGACGGUAAGCAGAGGAGGAGGAAGAGGAGGAGGAGGAGGAGAGCAGCAGCUUCACAUCUCUCAGGGCUCCUCUCCCGUCCCGCCAUCUGUCUGCUGUCACCACACACAGUAAGACUCAUCACUGCUGUACUACUACACGGAAAAAUCCUCUUUUUAAGUUGAGUGGAGCCUUCUUAGCACAAAGGGAUGUCGACGGUGUUUCCUCAGAACUUUCAGAAGUUCAGCUGCACUGCCCCGAUGAAUUAACGUGGCAAACUUUGCAGCCAUAAAUAAAGAUGAACGGAAACACCCACAUUGCUGUGGGCGUGAGGCAGGAAUUCGAUCGCCACGGCACAGUCCUGCUUAUGUAAAUCCCAGCCCCACCGAGAUGAGCGUGGAGCCCUGGGCCAGCCCGCAGGACCAGGCAGCCGCUGAGCACGCACACAGUACCCACACGCCAUCCUCCCAGGAUCAGGAGCAGCACCCCGACAAACUCUGCCUGGACUCAUUCUGGAGUGAGGUGGAGACCAUCCGACAGGGGAGUGGCUACACAGACCUCGACUGCACCAGGAGAGACUCCAGACAGUCAGAAGAAGGUGAACAGGAGGAGCAGUGGUUGGCCGAUGCUGGUUUGUCGACCCUCAUUAGUGAUGAUAGCGAGGAUGUAGACAACGCGGUGCUGCUGUCCACUCUGACCCGGACCCAGGCCGAGGCUGUGCAGCGCCGACUGGACUCCUACACGCUGUCCCUUCGCAAGAGGAACAAACCGCCGCCGCGUGACGUUCGCGACAUCUUCAACUCCCCCAUCACUCAGACUCUCCUGCCUGAGUCCCACCACAGUGAAGACCCUGCCCAAAACAGCAUGGCGUCAGUUCCAAAGACACCACUAUCAGCCGUGACGCCGGAGCAUCACCGAGGCGCUCCCAAAGAGGAAUUCUUCAUCACCGACGUGGCUUACUGCGAACAGGCUGUCAUCUUCCUCAAACAGGCCAAACUGCCGCAGAACAACAGCCAGCGCAGAAAAGAGGACGGCACCCUGCCUCGGGUCAUCUGCCCAAAGUGCCGUUUAGGAGUGACUCGUAUUCAGGAUCUCUCCCACUCUGACAUGAAGAAGGUGCGUCAGUUGGCUCUCAUCGACAUGACGGCGCUGUGCGACCUUUUAGAGCUGGAGGUUAAAAGGCACAAAAUGGGCAAAAGGAAAGUCCCAGAGAGUCCCCUCUACGGUGUGCCGCUGGCUACGCUGCUGGAGAACGAUCAGAAAAUCAAGCCCAACACCUCGACUCCUCUCUUUCUGCAGGCGUUGUUGUCGUUUUUGGAGAAGAAAGGAGUCGAUUCGGAGGGGAUCCUGCGGGUUCCAGGAUCUCAGUCCAGAAUCAAGCAACUGCAGCAGAACUUGGAGACCAACUUCUACUCAGGGCAAGUCUGCUGGGACGACGUGAGUCCCAAUGAUGCCGCCGCGCUGCUCAAGAAGUUCAUCAGGGAACUUCCCGCUCCUCUUCUCACCGCAGAGUACCUCAACACCUUCAGCGCUGUCAGAGACAUCACGGAGCUGAGGCAGAAACUUCACAUGUUGAACCUGCUCAUCCUGCUGCUGCCUGAGCCCAACAGGAACACACUGAAGGCGCUCCUCGAGUUCCUCAGUAAGGUGGUUUCCAGGGAGAAGAAGAACAGGAUGAACCUGUGGGCCGUAGCAACCAUCAUGGCUCCCAACCUCUUCCUGCAUAAGGCCGUCCCCAGCAGACUGACUGAGGGGGCAGAGAAAGGACAUGCGGAGAAGGCAGCUGAUGUCAUGAGGCUCCUCAUCCGCUACCAGGACCUGCUCUGGACGAUCCCAAACUUCCUCAUGAGCCAGGUGCGUAAGCUGAACGAGAAUAGCAACCGGCGUUACCAGUUUUACGAUCGCCGCAUCAAGAACCUGCUGAGGAAGAUCCACACAGACAGCCGCGACAAACCUGAUAAAAACACCUCAGAGUUGUGUCGUACAGUGAAGAUCCAGGUUGGGGAUCUGGUGAGCGGCACCAUGGAGUACCAGCUCAACAUCAACUCCAGAGCCUCCGACCUGCUCGCACAGUUUCAGCGCCAGUCCCUCCGCAGCCCCGACAACGGAAAGGGCAAAAUGCGAAGAAACGGCGCCGUGGCGUAUCCGGACUGCGCCCUGUACGAAGUGGGAGGGAACAUUGGUGAGCACUGUCUGGACCCCGACACACACCUUCUGGAUUUGUACAACAGUAACUCAGGAGGGGAGUGGGUCAUCAAGCUGAAACCCAACGCCAGCAGAGGGCUGUGAAAGAUGGACGAACAGAUCGGGGAACAGGUUGCCCAAGAAGGACAAAGGCAGAGCCUGAAAAAAAAAAAAAAAGAUCAAAUCCGUGCAGCCCUCUCUUCUUCUCGUCCUUUUCAUCCUCGGAUCAACAAGGGAGAAGGAGACAGAUGGACAGAUGGAGGACGCAGGAACAGAUAGAUGGAGAAUCUGCCAGGAGCAGAGCUUAAAAACUGUCUAUGAUCAGAUGAACACACUUUGCCCUCCUUCUCUUUUCCCCUCUACCUUUCCUCUCUCCGUCUUUCUCCUCUUUUUCCUCCUCCCUUCACUCCAUCACUCCUCUCCUGCGUUACCGGCAGGGCUGCGACGCCGCGAGCAGAAAGCGGCUGACGUGACUCAUUACUUCCGACAGAGAAAAGAGGGAGAGAGAGCGGCAGGGCAGUUUGGUUCGCCAUCUUUUCUUUCAAGCAAUCAUCUCCAACCAUGAGUGAGCAGAUGGGGAUGCAGAGCACCUCUGGCUACAGAAAGCCGAGGUCCCGCCCCCUCCUCAGGCCAGACACAGUGUGUUUUCAUAUCGCGGGUUUCAUUCAUCAGUGACUACAUUUACAUGCACAGUAAUAUUCCACUUUUAUUCAGAAUGUGAUGAUAUUCUGAAGCUGAUACAGGUCAUGUAAAAGGCAUAUUUUCAGAGGUAGGCCUUUCUCUGAUUGUGGCAUUUUCUAAAUAAGCAUCUCAGCUGGGCUUUUUACUGCAGUUUACACUCGGCCUCUUACCUGUUUAUGGUCAGCUCUGUGCGUUAUACACAAACUGACACACCAACAGUUUGCAAGGCAGAGGUUAGAGAUGCAUGCCCAAAAGAAAAUCCCUCAUUUCUAGUCGGAAGGAGAAACACACCUGCUUUUAAACAUUAUAAAAGACUUUUUAGAUUGGUGCAAAUAUCGCAACACUGACCUUUUCGAGAAGGUUGUUGAAGGAAUGAAAGAGGAAAGCUGUGUUCACACGGCCACCAGUGGAAAACUUUGAAAACAUUUUGUAGCAAAGGGAGAAAAUGAGACAAGUGGUUCCGCUUUUAUUCAUCGUGAAAAACGACACGUUAUGGCACAUUAAUCAAAGUAUGCACAGCUGCAUUCACUGUCAUUUUCCACGUAAACAGCUCAGUAGGAGUAUCGUCUCUUUCGGAAUAAGGGCAAAAGUAGGAUUAUUGUGUGCAUGUAAAAGUAGUCAGUGUUUUGUAAGAAGCUGAUGCAUGAUACAGGAGCUCUGCGACCAUAUUCUAGGCUAUAAUCUGGUGUCUAAACCUGUACUGUACAGUACAUUUUAAAAGUUGUUUUAUACGAGGGGAAACAAUGUUUAUUUUGAGACUGAAAAUUGUCACCAUGAAGUCUGUUUAGUAGCUGUUGUGGAGAUUUCUAGAUCUCCACAACAGCUUUGUGGGGAAUUUAGGUGUCUCUAAUCCCCCUACCAGAAAUCAGGUUUCCCGUUAACAUGACAUUAAAUAAAUCAAGUUGCCGGAGAAAGCCAAAACAGAUCACUUAAAUGGCUGCCACAGGUAUCCAUUUAUCUGGACAGAAAACUCCAGUAUCAUGUCAUGUAAUCACUGAUGAUUAAAAUCAAGAAAAAACAUUGAAAACUGAAAGCCAGUGGAUCAGAGGCCGGCCUAGAAACGGAGCAGGACUUUGGCUCUCUGUAAACACAGUUACAGUCUGAUCAAUCAGUUAAUCAACCAACUCUCACUCAUCCACUCAUCUGCUUUUGUCUCUCCGCUGACCAUUUCCCAUCUCAGACAUUUUGAUCACAAACUAAACAAAGAAGGAGAGCUCUUUCUUUUCUGUAUCGCCUCCAUCCUUUGUCUGUGCCAUUCAAAGAGGGAAAGAGACCCGGACGAACUGAUAUCUUCUUAUCUGUGAAACCCUGCAAUCUCCUGGGCCUUAUAAAAAAAUCCAUGGACUUCCAAGGACCCCUGACCUGUACAGAAGCUCAAAGAGACUUUCCUUUUUUCUUUUGAUACCAAGGGAUUUGGUGUCACAACCUCAAGGACAGUUAUUGCACCUCUAAAGGGAGUUGUUACGGACACACAGUGAAGCUGGUCUUCAGGUCUCAUUUUUAAAUGCAUGAAUCGAGCCGAAAGUGCUGCAGUGACUCUUGGGGGUUUACUGGGAUAAUUGUUAUUUAUAUGAAUGUAACGCCAUUGUUGCUUCUGUAUUUGAUGAGUAUUGUGUAGGCUAGAGAGACUGUAGGAUCACGUGGAGUUGCCGCGCUCAGUGUAACAGUAUGUUGUGUGAAGUCACCCAUGCUCAGUGUGGGAAUUUGCAGUGUUCUUGUACAUAAUUCUCGAUGCAGAGUUUCUGACGGAUCUGUUGACAUCCUGAACAGUGCAGUGAGAUAGAUGUCAUGUGUAAAUAUUCACUCACACACUCUGCUGUGAAGAGGCACUGGUGUCGCUGCAGUCGGACUGUUUUGAUUGUGUCGCCGCUCGAGGUAUUCUGAACACACGCACGCAGCAAAUGAAUGUGGUUAACAUUUUGUGCCCAUCGUCAGAUGAGAAUCAUUUACUCCUCGCUGCUGGAGCCAUGUUGGUGCUCCGCGGCCAUUUUGUGGGAAGUGUCUCGCCACUCUCCGCUCAAUAGAUGGAGUAAUGACAGUCGGCCCCGGCACCGACAUCUAUCACCACCCUCUGCUCCAUCUCUGUCACCUCCCAGUAAUGGACCAUAAUGGCGGUGCGGUGCAUGCAUCAGAAACACGCAGAGGCAUCACAUUUCUUUGAUAAAGGAGAAGGUAAUAAAUAGCUGUUAUAAAUUCUGCUGCCCUGGACCUGACAACAGCAGCAGUGUGUGUGUGUGUGUGUGUGUGUGUGUGUGUGCAUGCAUGUGUGUGAUGAGCUUCAUUACACAAGUCCAAUUGGCCUGUCCCAGGGUCCCAGGCACAGUUCAGUGCCUCGGCACAAAGCGAGCUGAUGAAACCGCCUUCUGCUGACAAUCAGGAGAACUAGGUCACCUCUGAAGCAGCAUCCCAGAGGGCAAGCAGUGUGGGGCCAAACACCCUGAGGAGCCCGGCACAUGGACGCGUAUUGUGUAAACACACAACAUGAUGUGGAGUCACCAAAACGGGGGGACACAAGUUCACACACAUUACACCAGUUUUCUGUUUGUACAUAUGUGAAUGUGUUUGUGUGUGAGAGGUAAAGCCGCAGCUUCCUUUGGGGGUACAGUGUUAUCUAUAUAAUCACCCAGGGAGACGAAAUGAUGGACAGUUACAGGAACGUGUGUUUGUUGUGAUCAAAGCGUGGCUGUGGACCUUUUUAUUGUCUUCAUCAGUGUUCGGUGAAGAUUGUAGACGUCGGCGAGCAGACGUCAGAAUGUAUAUUUAUGCCCUUUACACAUUGUUUUUAAUACUUUCUGUGAAAAUAGUCUUUGCUGUAGAAACAAAAACUUUUGAAAAACGUUUUUGUCAAUAAAUGUGAAUCUAAUGUGCUGAA